UCCCUUCUUCACCUUCCCAUUCAACAUCAAUCAAACUACACACAUUGCCACUUCUUAAUUUUCUUAUUUUCUAUGGCUUCCAACAAACUCCUUGCCACCAUUUUGGUGCUUUCUCUCCUCUUUUACUCAACAUUCACUCAUGCCAAUUGCCCACCACCCACUCCAACUCCAUCUCCAUCUCCGAAGCCCACACCACCCACACCACCAACUCCAAAACCAACACCUCCCACUCCAAAGCCCACGCCACCAACUCCAAAACCAACACCACCCACUCCAAAGCCCACACCACCCACACCCACACCCACACCACCCACACCCAAGGCUGGUUGUCCUCCACCUUCUCCUCCGAAGCCCACACCACCCACACCACCAACUCCAAAACCAACACCACCCACACCCACACCCACACCCACACCACCCACACCACCCACACCCAAGGCUGGUUGUCCUCCACCUUCUCCUCCUUCGCCACCCAAAGCUUCAUGCCCCAAGGACACAUUAAAGCUAGGUGUUUGUGCUGACAUCUUAGGACUUGUUAACGUUACUGUUGGAACUCCUCCUUCGAGCGAAUGCUGUGCAUUGGUUAAGGGUUUGGCAGAUUUGGAAGCUGCACUUUGCCUAUGCACCGCAAUUAAGGCCAAUGUGCUUGGAAUAAACUUGAACGUACCUGUCACGCUCAGCGUGAUCCUUAGUGCUUGUCAAAAAACUGUUCCUCCUGGUUUCCAAUGUCCCUCCUAAGAUAUUAAUCAAAUUAGGUCGAGUUAUCUCUCAUCGUCUCGAUCUGCCGUCAGAGAAAUGUUUAGAUAUGCACUUAACAUGAAAUUGAUUGAGUGCCUACGUAAGCAUUUCUUUGACAAUAUAUAGAUUAAUAUUGUUGUGUUUUUCAUUUUUUUAUUUAUAGAGGGAGGUUGUUCAUGUGCUACUGUACGUGUCUAAAUAAUGUUGUAUUGAUUUUGUAUUGUGCACCGUCAAAUUAUGAAUUGGGCAAGCUUGUUUGCCUUACUUUGUCUUCUAGCUUGUAUGUACCAUGAAACAUUGUCUUAUUUGAUCAUUAUGUCCAUAUUCGUGGUGAAAA